AUGCCCCUCUUCGCAUUCGGCUCGAACGGAUCGGGCCAAUUGGGCAUCGGCCAUAACGAAGACGUCUCCACCCCCACAGAAUGCCUUUUCGAAGAACAAGUAUCAUCUCCUCCAGAGGGGAAUCGCAGCGCGGCGAAGCGGAUCUCCCGCAUCGUAGCGGGGGGUAAUCAUACCCUCGUGCUGGAUGAAGACGGAUGCGUCUACGCCACCGGCUGCAAUGAAGACGGGAGAUGUGCGCACACCCCCGCCGCUUCGCUGCAGAGGUUCAGGCGGGUGAUUGUCGAGGACGGCACCGGCGCGUCUGCGCGGAGCUAUGCGGCGUUCCGGGACGUGUCGGCGACGUGGGAGGCGUCGUUUCUGGUUGCUAGAUCCGAGGAUCCGUCUGGUUGGGUGGAUCGCGUCUUUGCGGCUGGUUCGGGUGCGAAGGGGGAGCUUGGGCUCGGGGAAGGGUGUACGAGGGUUGUUGAGCCGGCGGCGAUUCCGGACUUCCCGCCGCGGGGGACGGGGGUUGUGGCUAUUGCUAGCGGGAUGGGGCAUACGGUGGCCGUGCUCUCCGACGGGGAUGUUUGGGGCUGGGGAGGCGCGCGGAAGGGCCAGCUCGGGGACGCUGCGAAGGCGAUGAAGAUCGCGUGGUCCCCCGUCAAGAUAGGUGGGGUUCCCUUCCGCGCGACGGGUGCGGCAUGUGGCCGCGAAUUUACAGUGAUAGCUGGGGAUAAGGCUGCGGGGGAAUUCGUUGUAAUUGGCUCCUGCGAUAACAAGUGGGAUAUUCUCUCUGGUGCUGCUUCUGCUUCCCAGUCCUUGACGGCUUAUCGGGGUAUAGCUGCCAGCUGGCAUGGUGUCUAUGUACAUCGGAGUGACUUUUCUGUUCUUGCUUGGGGACGGAAUGACCGCGGCCAGAUUCCUCCCACGGAUUUGCCUAGUCCCCAGCAACUGGCGGUGGGAAGUGAGCAUGUCCUUGCGCUUGUGGACGACCACGCUGUUGUGGCUUUCGGGUGGGGAGAACACGGCAAUUGUGGCCCCGAAACAGAUCCGCAAGGCAAUGUCAAGGGAGUGUACAGAGAAAUUCCGCUUGAGCUCAGGGAGGAUGCUGAGGUCGUUGGCAUUGGUGCUGGUUGUGCGACCAGUUGGAUUAUCACGUCGUGA